CUUGCUCGGUGGUUAAGGUGCUAGUCAAAGAUGGAAUGAAACUCGAGCCGGGGCAGCCUUUGUAUGUCAAAGAUAUAUUGGGACUGGAGGACUUUGAUAGGCUCAAGGAGACGAGACCAGAAUCAGCGGCUCAUAGGAUUUUGGAGCUAAACCAUAGUUCAAGUGUUGGUAUUUUUUCUAUGGAAGAUGUGCUAAUGGACCAGGAGGGUGCUGAUCCUGAUAGCAGACCAUUGGCAGGGCUUGCAAAAGAUGAAGUUCUGACAAGGUAUAAAAACUUCAACAAGUUUGCAGUUGUAAUGGACCAUGCGGAUCAUUUUUUUUGGGCAAAUCCUGAAAUGAACCAGCUGCCAGAAAACUUGGCUGGCAAGAUAAACGAAGAGUUGUGGAACAGUUACCUGGUAUGCUGCAGAUAUCUAAGCAUGUAA